CUGCCGGGACGGCGCGGGCAGCGCCGCUCUCCGCCCUGCCCUGCCCUGCCCUCCCUCCGCCUCCGCCUCCUCCUCCUCCGCCACCACCGGCACGGCACGGCACGGCACGGCCCGCCGCCGCCGCGGGAGGCGGAACAAGCAGCCGGUAGAGCCGAGCGAUGCCGCGCCGGCUCGGUGGGGACGCGGCCGGCCGCCGCGGGUAGCGCGCAGGGCGGUGAGCGGGGGUAGGUAGGAGCCGGGCGCGACGUCGGUACCGCCGAGACGUCGAGGGAGAGACAGACAGACAGAACACGGAGCGAGGAGCUGCGGAGCGUCCCCGUGUCCCCCCCCCACCCCCCCCGCGUAAGGACGGCGGCCCGCUCCGCGGCGCGUAGGGCCAUGUCGCCGCGGCAGCAGCCCAAGCCCUUCUGACCGCUGUCGGGUCUCCAUGUCUCGUUUUGUUUGGGUUCGUUGGCUUUUUUGUUUUGGUUUUUUUUGUUUUUCAUUUUUAAAAAAAUUUUUUUCCUCUGAUUUCUCUUUGGGAAAAGCACUUUGACUCCUGACUGCUCUACCUCAGACCUGAGAAAAACUCAUCACGCUCGCUUUUUGGCGUUCUUCUUUUUUUUUUUUUUUAAAUUGUUGUAUUUUUUAUUUUUUAUGAGCGCCGACCUUUAUAGCCGUUAUUAUUUUAUUGUUACUAUUAUUAUUGUUGUUGUUGUUGUUGCUGUCGUGGUCGGUAGCGGCCGAGAUUCUGCGGUUGCGGCGAAGCGCUGGUCUCCUCGGGCAGUGGGUGGUUUCUCCUGUGUUAUCCCUCCUAGGACACUCGAACGAAGAUUUUUCUUCCUCCCUUUCUUUUUCUCCUCCUUCACUUCUCCAAGGCUUUUAAAACAAAUACACACACACACAAAAAAGCAAACCUACGCCAGUGUUGUCGUCUUUUAAUUUUUUUGUUGUUUUUAAUUUUUUUUUUUGCUUGACAUCUGGGAAACCAAUACCCCCCACUCUCAGAAAUAACCAAAGACAAUGGUUCACUGUGCAGGCUGCAAAAGGCCAAUCUUGGACCGGUUUUUGUUGAAUGUACUGGACAGGGCUUGGCAUGUGAAGUGUGUUCAGUGCUGUGAAUGUAAAUGCAAUUUGACAGAGAAAUGCUUUUCGCGAGAAGGCAAGCUUUACUGCAAAAACGACUUCUUUCGGUGUUUCGGGACCAAGUGCGCGGGCUGUGCCCAGGGCAUCUCCCCCAGCGACCUGGUCCGCAGGGCGCGGAGCAAAGUGUUCCACUUGAACUGUUUUACGUGUAUGAUGUGUAACAAGCAACUCUCCACCGGCGAGGAGCUCUACAUCAUAGACGAAAACAAGUUUGUCUGCAAAGAAGAUUACCUAAAUAACAGCAAUACUGCCAAAGAAAACAGCCUGCAUUCAGCCACCACCGGCAGUGACCCCAGCCUGUCCCCCGACUCCCAAGACCCUUCCCAGGACGACGCCAAGGACUCGGAAAGCGCCAACGUCUCCGACAAAGAGACGGGCAGCAACGAAAACGACGACCAGAACCUGGGGGCCAAGCGGCGGGGACCCCGCACCACCAUCAAAGCCAAACAGCUAGAGACUCUGAAAGCCGCCUUCGCGGCCACCCCCAAACCCACCCGGCACAUCAGGGAGCAGCUGGCGCAGGAGACCGGCCUCAACAUGCGGGUCAUCCAGGUCUGGUUCCAGAACCGGCGCUCCAAGGAGCGGCGAAUGAAGCAGCUGAGCGCGCUGGGCGCCCGCCGGCACGCCUUCUUCCGCAGCCCACGCAGGAUGCGGCCGCUGGUGGACCGGCUGGAGCCCGGGGAGCUCAUCCCCAACGGCCCUUUCUCCUUCUACGGAGAUUACCAGAGCGAGUAUUAUGGCCCUGGAAGCAAUUACGAUUUCUUCCCACAAGGACCUCCUUCGUCUCAAGCUCAGACACCCGUGGAUCUCCCGUUUGUGCCCUCCUCGGGGCCGUCAGGCACUCCCUUGGGGGCCAUGGAUCACCCCCUGCCCGGACAUCACCCCUCCAGUGAGGCUCAGCGCUUCACUGACAUCAUGUCGCACCCCCCCGGAGACUCGCCCAGCCCCGAACCCAACCUGCCUGGGUCCUUGCACUCCAUGUCGGCGGAAGUUUUUGGCCCCAGUCCUCCAUUUUCUUCGAUAUCCGUCAACGGUGGUGCUAACUAUGGCAAUCACUUGUCACAUCCACCAGAAAUGAAUGAAGCAGCUGUGUGGUAGCUUUAAAACAAACUGGGUCUAAGUAAGUGAUGAUCAUCUAGUUCUGCUUAUUGUUAUGGUGUACAGAAAUGAAUAAGUAUAACAUCUCUCCUGCCCUAAGACAAUAUUACCUUGGGAACGAACUGAAUCCAAGCCGCUCCAAGGCAAGCUUUGCUCUAGACCAGGACAAUCUUCAUGUUAUGGUUGUAUCAAACAAGCAAGGGGACUUUUUUUGUACCAUUUGACAAAGAAACUGGUGAAGCUGUACAGUAAAGUGCUGCCAUACCGUAGGAUGGCGUUAAGGUUGAAUUACCCUGUUGGAUGUCAUCCUAAGAGCCACAAUCCUUAGAAACUUCUCAUUUAAAAAAAUUAAUAAUUGAAUGAAGGAAAGGUCAAAGAAAAGGGGGAAAAAAAGCUUCAAGAACUCUAGCGUUCCCAGUUAAGGAUGGUUCUGGCAUUAUGAAUUUGUUUGUUAAUUUUUUUGUCUCUCAGAAAGUUCAACUACAAGAAACUCUUUUUAGCUUCAGCCAUUUCAGCCUGCUGACUAUCAGGUGGGACAACUUUCUUUUUCCUUUGUUUUUGUUUUGUUUUCCAAAAUAGCAAAUACUAAAUGUUAAGCCCUCAGCACCAACUCUUCUACCUUCACAAAGCUACACGUACAAAACCUCCUCAUCAUAGCAAAGGUCACCACCCAGACCUCUAACGAAAAUGACUUGAAAAAAAAACAAACAAAAAGUAUUCUACCUUCACAGAGAGAGAAAAGCUAAACAAAAAGACUCUAUUGAACUAAAAACAGUCAACUGUUUACGUCUAAUGUUAAAUUCAGGAGUUCAAUGUUUUACUAAUAAAUCCUGUUUUAGAACCUCUUGUUCAAAAGCAAAAUAUUUUGAGCAACCAACCAAAAUAGUUCAUUUUCUUUUCUGUAGAUGUUAUAACAGAUUGCAGGGCUUGUGGUUCACUGUGCUAGUUUGUAAAAGGUGUUGUUUACAGAAGGCAAAGAAAAAAAAAAACCCACGAAACCCAGACAGUUGCCAAAUAAAGUAAAUAUAUAGCACAAAUACUGUAAGGUGCUUUGCACCAGCAACACGAGAAGGUGUUUAAAAAGUGUUACAAGGUUAAAAAAGAAAAAAAAAACCAAGCAAGCAUCUUUGCUAAUUUUUAGUCCUGUUGAACAUUCAUGGAAUUGUUAAUAUGACUUAUAUAGACCCACACAGGUUUUAUUUUUGUGUCUUUAAAAUAAAAGUCCAAAAUAUUUAAAUUUUAUGGUCAAAUAUGCAGUCAACAGCUGCUACUUUUUUCUUUAUAUAUUAAAUUUCUCAUAUGUCUUUUAUUGUUCUAAUAAACCUAAGCUUGUGUGACCUCCAGUGCAUAUUAGACCAUUCACUGUAUGAAAGAAAACAUGUUGGAUAAAAUUUGUGCGUUUUUAAUAAAAUUAGAAAAUCUGAUGUUUAGAUAACUUGUGUUUCAUUUGAUGUUUUAAGCAAUUUUAAAUGGAUCCUCUUGAGUAAAAUAGCCCUGAGAAAGAACGAUCCACUCUACUGAUAAUCCUGUAUAGCUCUUUUGCUUUGGUAGAAGCCUAAACCCUGGUGUCGAUGCAGAUAGCAGUCAGUGGCAGCUCCAGCCCUUCUUUCCAUCUGCAGCCUCAGUUGUUGAAUAAUAUGUUGCGCUGUACGUUACCUUUCAAGAUUGGAAACUAAUCAAAUUGUUAAAUAUCGUAACCUCUUCUUGGUCUGUGCUAAGAGAAAACAUAUUCAGAAUGCUUAUUUUAUGCAUAAACAAAAAUGUAUUGUAAAUGUAAAAAACUUGCAAAGACACGGUUUUUAAUUGAUCCGGUUUUAGUUAAAUUAAUUCUCCGAAGGUAAUUUUUCUUUUUCCCCCCCCCCCUAAUUGGAUGGGUUUGAACACAGCAUAACCUCAAUGGCAUGAAAAUAAUUUUAAUCCUUUUUUAGAGCUGAUACAAAGUCAAUUGUUUAAUAGCGUUUGGUAUAUAUGAAGUUCUCUGAAGGGCAGCGGGGGAGAAUAUUUUGCUUUGCACUAGAUACACGCUAAUUUUCUUGGACAAAAAUGAAACAAAACAAAAAAAACCUGGAACUUUGUGAAAUGACAGAUUUAAUGUUUUAAUUAUAAAUGAUUGCAGAAUCCCAAAUACUCAGUUCUUCAAAAGCAAAAGUCUCACUGAUUCCGAGAGGACUUUGACCUCUGUUAGAAGCAAAGAAUUAGGUUCGGUUCUGAAAAGUCAGUGGUUUAAAUGUUUUCCACCUGCUGAGCUAACAGAAUGGGAUGAGCUAUAAUUGCAUAUUUUCUUUCGUCUCUCAACUAAUCGUGACUCUGGCUGGCUUCUUUUUUAUUUUACGUAGACACAGAAAUUUACCCUAAAACACAGACUUCUACAUUCCCAGCGAUCCAAUUAUUUAUCUCUUUGGACUGGGGGGGUGGGGAAUCAAAAUGCUUUAAAGUUGUAUGAUUUGUAAUUUUCAAUGGUGGUUUUUUAUUUUGUUCCCAACCUAGUUUCUACGCCCAGCAGAGGGGCCACCUAGAUGAAGCAAUAGUUCACUUUAAACACAAAAUGUCUUAUAUAAUAAUAUAAAGAUAAAAACUAUCUGCAAGGGAUCUGUUAGUGUUUCUUAAAAAAAAAAAAGAAAUCAUGCUUUAUUAAAUACAGGGGAGACUUCUU